GGACAGUUGCCUUUAGUCUAGUCAGGGAGCGCGGGGGUUGCGGGCGCAGGAGAGAAGGCGCGUGUGCAUGUGGAGACGGAGACGGAGACGACGUCGGCCUCGCCUCUUAUUCCCCCCUCUUGGGUGUCGAUCGUGUCUGUCUGUCUCUCCCCCUUGUUUGGAAGCUGUGUCCUUUUUUUCGAUCUAAUCUGAGACGCUAGUGUGGUACACACACCCCGUCACCUCCUGCUACGACUCCAACUCAUUUUCGUUUAAGGACACUGCCCGUGUUUACAGUCUAGUCACGUAAAACAAGAAUUUGUGCUUUUUAUAAUACAGAUAAUAUAUAUAUUGUAGAGAUAGAUAAGAGAAAUAUUGCUAAGUCGUUAUUCUAUUUGUUUGAUGUUCGUUGUGAAUGAACUCGUGUCAUUGAGUGAUGAUAUGCUGAAACAGACGCGUGGAUGUACCAUACACUGCCAGCGUUGAGGCCUUCGUAUACCAAAGAAUUGCAAUACCGCAUCAUACCAAAGAGUGCGAGGAGCGUGGAUGUGGCAGGAGCAUGUUCUGACGAGCAGCCGGAGCAUUGCCGCGGCCUGGGCGAGCCUUGCAGUCGAGGAGGAGCCAGCGAGGUAGUCGCCCUCGUGAAUUCCCGUCCGGCCGCUUCUGCUCCAGCCCUUGGGCUCCGCCGCCGAGGAUUGUAUCGCAGUGUGUGAAGCUCCGCCCGUAGCUCCGCCCGUUGAUCUGGAGGCAGCCAGACUCAGCAGGGGAGGAGACAUCAAGGUGGAGGCCCUGUGGCGGAGCCUGGUCGAGACUUGGACGGCCGUACGCCUUAAGAUGAAGGUCACGCGAGAGACGUCUUCCAGGUA